AUGUUCAAGCCGUCCCGAUGGUGGCUCAUCAAGAACGUCGGCAAACUUCUCACUUCGGGGAUGCACCGGGUUGAGUUCGCAGACUUCUGGAUGGGAGAUCAAUUCUGCAGUCUCGUCUUCACACUGUCAAACCUCUACUUCGUUGGGUGCAUAUAUGCGACCGGCAUCGAUGACACAUGGCGACGCUGCACCGCGAACCCUGGCCCGCGGUGGGGCGUCACGUUCUUGCUCGCUUCCCUCCCUCUCGUUGUCCGUCUGGUGCAAAGUGUAAAGCGUUGGGUUGACUCGCGCCUCAUCACCCAUUUGAUCAACGGCGGGAAAUACGGCUCCGGAAUCCUCUACUAUCUGUUCUACUUCCUUUGGAGACAACAAGGUGGCCAGCGUGGGCCCCUUUUCGUCGUCUGGUGUGUUUUCGCGACCAACUACUCACUAUAUGCGGGUGCAUGGGACCUCUUGAUGGAUUGGUCCCUCAUGCGUCCGCACGCCCCGUAUCCAUUCCUUCGCCCGAACCUAUUGUACACAAACCACAUCCCGUUCUAUUACUUCGCUAUUGUCACUAAUACCCUAAUCCGUUUCAUCUGGGUGUUUUACAUCCCCGAAAAUGGGCCCGACUUCAUCAUCAGGACUUUCAUCGCCGCCAUGCUCGAGGCCCUCCGCCGCUGGCAGUGGAACUUCCUGCGCUUGGAGAACGAGCACCUCGGUAACAUCGAUCAGUACCGGGUGACCCGCGAGGUCCCACUCCCCUACUCGUACGACGACCCCUCGCACGAGUCCGACGGCGACGAAGAGGAGGACGAUCAUAAGAGCACGACCGGCAAGACGUGGAAGCGCGGUCGUAGGAGCACUCCGUCAGACAAUACUGCUGCUGAGGUCGACGCCUGA